AUGAUGAGGUUGGUCUGCAACAAUGACACCCAUCAAUCAGAUCGAAAACGACAAGUUCUCGCUAACGCAUUCACACCGUCCACGAUACUGGAACGAUCGUGUCGGGACCAUCCCACUUUGAAGACCUCUUGUGAUGGACCAGUUUCCCAACUUGGCCAAAAAGAAGUUGAGUCUUUGGAAGGAGACUACAAAAGAAAAGCCUUAACAAGACGUCAUCUAAAUGGCCAGGUAUAUAAGUCAUUAAUCUUCGACGACGUAUUUCGUGUGGUCGCAAAUGAUUUCGUUGACAUUCACCGGAUUUCCUGGAUUAACCAUGUUGUUUCAUGCCAUGGCCCAGUUGGAUUUCAUUGA